UUUGUUCUAUAGCUCCUUGGCUCGCCAAAAGUGUCCCUUGUCAUAACGGCCACGGCAACCUCGUGUAUAGGAGUUCUCCUGAGCAGAACUCAUACUUCAUCUGCAUGCACGAAUGAAUCCGGAGGCCGCCGAUGCAACAUCAUCUCUACUGCAUUCACUUGUGGGUGUGGAAAAUCAAAAUAUCGAUGUCUGACAUGGUGACUAUAUCCUGGUACUUCAUCCCUGUUAAAAAAAAGCAACGAGGCAUUUCCAUGCAUCAAGGAGACGAGUCAAUGCUCGUGGAGAAGGCGGAUGUGGCGGAACUGGGGAAAGUGGAUCGCUUAUAUACAGCUGCGCGGUCAAAUACGCAAUCCUUUUCCUAUCUUUGGCAAUAAGGUAGUGUUAUCAGAAUCCCAUCGGCAAUUGAUAAGUCUACUACGGUCAUGGUUGGACAUGUUAGACGCUGUCAGACGCUGUUGGAC